AUGCCUCUCUGCAAUAAUUCCUCCGGCAACCUCGCCGUGGCCGUUAUUCUCCUCUUUGCCGGCGCCCUAUAUAUCAGCUUCUCCUCACGUUCAAUUUCCAAUCCUCUCUCCGUUCUCCAAUCUAUUGUCAACACUCCCCAAUCACUGAAAAAUAUUGAGUUUCCGGUGGAAGAGCUAGAGGCGACGCUGGACAGAGCGGCGGCAGGAAACAACAAGACGGUGAUAAUAACGGUGGUGAACAAAGCUUACGUGGAGGAAGUUGGAGGAGGGAGGACUAUGUUGGAUCUGUUCUUGGAGAGUUUUUGGGAAGGAGAGGGGACUCUGCCUCUUCUUGACCAUCUAAUGGUGGUGGCAACGGAUCAGACGGCUUACGAUCGCUGCCGCUUUAGGAGGCUCCAUUGCUACAAGAUGGAUACAGAAGGGCUUGACCUAGAGGGAGAGAAAGUAUACAUGUCAGCUGAUUUCAUUGAGAUGAUGUGGCGGAGGACUCGCUUGCUCCUUGACGUCCUCCGCCGCGGCUACCAUCUCAUUUUCACGGACACGGAUGUGAUGUGGCUAAGGAGCCCCUUCUCUAGGCUAAGCAACAAUGGGAGCUUCGAUAUGCAGAUAAGUGUGGACAAUAGCGACGUGGGAGGACACUUGAUCAACACGGGAUUCUACCACGUCCAGUCUAACAACAGGACCAUCUCCCUCUUCCAAAAAUGGUAUGACAUGAGGCUUAACACGACGGGCAUGAAGGAACAAGACGUCCUCAAGGACCUCCUCGACUCUGGCUUCUUCAAUCGUCUCGGCCUUACCGUUGGAUUUCUCAAUACCACCUACUUCAGUGGCUUCUGCCAAGACAGUCCUGACAUGGGCGCUGUUACCACCGUCCAUGCCAACUGCUGCCGCCACAUCCCUGCCAAGGUCUCUGAUCUCACUCUUGUUCUACGUGACUGGAAACGCUACAAAGCCUCACAUGUCAAUAGCAAGUGGAGCCCUCAUACUAAGUGUUGGGGUUCAUGGAAUGACACUCUCUAUGUCCCCAAGAUCUGA